AAUACAUUGGUAUUUGGCGAGAAUAUUUUAAAAUGCUAACAUUUUUCUCUUUAUGAGACUAAUCCGAAUACCCGUGCCUCCCCUCCCUCGCGACAAUUUUGGAAGUGGCGGCGAAUUUGGAAAAGACAUCACAGACUCACAAAAAAAAUAGUACUUUGGGGAGAUGCGACAACUGCAUGGAAUUAGGCCUAGGCACCACCCUUGAGGGAGGAUGGAAGAUCACAAGAGUGCUAGGCCAUGGUGCAUGUAGCACUGUCUAUUCCGCUUGUCAUCAUGGUGAUGUCAAACAUGUCAAGGCUGUUGCAGUAAAAGUAUUUAAGUCUAGUGAUCAGUAUGUAGAUGCAGGAAUAAAUGAGCUACACAUGCUGCAGAAAUUAAGAGCAUUGCAAUCUACAGUCCAGCAGUACUUUGUCACCCUCCAUGACUUUGUUUAUUCAAAUGACCAUCUUUGCAUCAUCAUGGAGCUACUGACCUGUAACCUGUAUCACAUAACCUUGAAGGCAUGCCCAGAGGAACCUAUCCCACUGUAUGUCAUCCAAAACUGCUGCCGUGAUCUGGGGCAAGCCUUAGACUGUCUCAGGACCUUGGGGAUCAUCCAUGGUGACAUCAAGCCAACAAACAUCAUGUGGAAUCCUGUAAAAGAAGUUUUCAUUCUUGGGGAUUUUGGACUGAGUUUCUAUGAAGGAAAGCAGCCCUUACAGCCAAUUCAGAGUGCUGGUUACCAGGCCCCAGAGGUCAUGAGAUGGAACUCAAAGCUGAAAGAUCCAGCGAAUCUGGAAGAUAUGGCUGUUAAAGGGUGUGGCUUGGCCAGUGACAUGUGGAGCCUUGGGUGCCUACUGUAUUUUCUCUAUAAGCGUCAGCAUCUACCCGCAUUACCAUGGCAACAAUCAUGUAACAACUGCAUGCAAGGCAAGACUUGCCAUAGUUUGUGUGAUGUGUUUGAACCUCAAUGCCCAACCAAUAAGACCAGCAUGUUGAUACUUGAAGACUUGCUUGCAAGGGCGCUCAAGUGUUCUCCCGCUGCAAGGAUCACACCAGAUGCUCUUCUCUCUCAUCCGUUUUUACAAGGCCUGCUACAAAUUCCUAGCUUGAGCGACUUAUUGUUGCUACCUACUAAAGUGUUACAGCUGACCAACAUGUUUGCGGAUGCAAGUGAGCUCAUUGACUCUGAAGAGGACUAUGAAGAUUUUGUAAAAGAUAUUCGAGAGAAGUGUUCAACUUUUGGUGAUGUCACUUCACUGCGCAUACCAUAUAUGGAGAGCAAGCAAUGGGUGUCGUGUAUGGGAAAGGUGUUCGUUGUAUUUGAAGAUGCGUCAGCCUGCGAGCUAGCCGCACAAAGCCUGACGGGUAUUACCUUCAAUUGUAGGACAGUUAUCUCAAGUUAUUUCCCUUUGCGGGAGUUCUGUCAAAACCGGUUUUAUUGACAAGUCCGGCCGGUUUGUAAUGGUAUCACUAGCGUCCGCUCUUCCAACAAUCAACGAGGACAUUAAAAGCUAUUUCAACAGUG